UGGGAUACAUGUUUAAUAUUACGCCAAACACCAAUAGGUCUACUUGAGUAUUACAAACAUAAUUUUCUUAACUCAUCAGUGGUCGGUUGAUUGACCACUGGGGAGGACUGGAGACUGCUGUUACGCGCCUUGGGUGGGUCAAUGGACGUCACGGAAGUCCGCUAUCCGGUGGCUGCACUGUGGGAACUGUAUAAAUCCGCGCCAGUAUCCAAAACGAUGGGAAAAAGUUGCACUGGAGUUCAGGCGCGGUGUCCUGUUGCGUGAUCUCCCGCAGCAACCCUCAGGAAAUCUCUAUUCAGCCACAAUCAGCGCUGAGCGCCACAGCCAAGUGCGCCGCGCCGUGCUAAAUCUGGAGGGGGAAACAUCAACUGAAGGAAUAAAACUUGAUUCUUCUUUUGUACUUAAAACUCACCUGCUCUAUUGGAGUCACCAAAGAUGAUGCAUUUUAUCCUCAUCUGCCUGUUAUGUGGAUUGUACGGGACUCUUGCGAAAAAUGAAGAGAAAAAGGGGAAGUACAGUGUUCCCAUUCUGGACGUGGAAACCCGGCAGCUGAUCCUUGACGUCAACCAGACACUACAGCUUGGCUGCAGGGGUCGCUGGGAGCUGUCAUGGGCGUUCCCGGCAGGUUUGGCCAGAGAUCAGGUGCAGGUGAAGGACUCUCGCUGUGGGCGGACAGGCCAGCAGUACUGCAGCAGUGUGACGGUGAGCCGCAGUCAGGCCCAGCACACAGGCCUGUUCCGCUGCAGGUACCAACACCGAACACGGAAACAGAUCUCCGUUUACAUAUAUGUCACAGACAGCCAGCAGCCAUUUGUGGACCAUCCGGGUAUGAGCCCAGAUGUGUUGUACAUGAAGGAGAAGCAGCCGCUGGUCAUCCCCUGCCGGGUCACCCACCCUAACAUCACCACCACACUGGUCAAGUUUCCCAACCACAGCCUGAGUCCAGACCAGAGGAACAUCAUCUGGAACAGCAAGCAAGGCUUCACCAUCCGAACUCCCACCUUCUAUUACAUCGGCCUCUUCUACUGCGAGACAAUCACUAACCACGUCACACACAAGUCGCGGAUAUACUUUGUACACAGACCAGUGAGUAACAUCAUGGAGGUGUAUCUAAACAGCAGUGGACCCGUUCAGGCCCUGAAGGGCGAGAGACUUGUCUUAAACUGCACGGCCACUGGGGAGCUGAACACCAGAGUCAACAUCACCUGGGACUACCCUGGAAAGAAUAACAACACUGGCUCCACUUCAAAGAGGCUCCUAAAACACAGAACACACAUGUUGUUCUACAAUAUUCUGACCAUCCCAAAACUCCAGCGUUCAGAUCGAGGGCUGUACACGUGUCGUGUCAGCAGCGGGGACAAAACCAAACAACAGAAAGUCACAGUUACUGUCCAUGACCAUGCAUUUAUUCGCCUGAAGCCCCGACAUGGAUCUGUGAUGGAGGUGCAGGCGGGACAGAAAUCAUACAAAAUCACCCCGAAACUACGAGCGUUCCCCGCCCCUGAGGUCAUCUGGUUGAAGGAUGGCAUGGUGGCAGCAGAGCAGUGCUCCAGAUACCACAUGGACGGGAUUUCCCUGGUGAUCCGGGAUGUAGCAGAGGAGGAUGCUGGGAAGUACACCGUCCUGGUACGAAUUCAGGAACACGGGCUGUACCAGAAUCUCACACUCACACUUGUGGUCAAUGUGAGUCCUCAAAUAGGUGAGAAAGCGGUGUCUGCCCAGGACCCAGGCUCGGUGCCGCGGGGGAGCAGACAAGCCCUUCACUGCACGUCCCACGGGGUCCCUCCUCCUCAUAUCCAGUGGCUCUGGCAUCCCUGCCCGUCCAAAGGCCUGUGUGUGUGUCCAACAUCUUCCUCGCUAUGGAGCCCGGUGUCAGAGAGACUCUCCGCCACAUCCACAGGGAACCACAUCCUGAGUGUUACACACAGACAGGAAGUUCUUCAGGGAAAGAAAAAGACGGUGGGGGUCCUGACUUUGGCCGAGGCCUUUGUGUCUGGAGUGUAUCGCUGUGUUGCUUCCAACUCUGCAGGCACAGACCAGCUAGACGUCCACUUCUAUGUCACAGAUGUCCCAGGAGGCUUCAGUGUGAACCAGAGGGAGGAGCCUCGAGAGGGUGGAGACCUCCAUCUCACCUGUGCCGCUAAUAAGUACCUGUACACAGCGUUGUCAUGGCAACACAUGAACAGUACAGAGGAAUCCCAAUCGUGGAGCCCUGCUCCGAGCACUCAGCGGUUCACAUCAGGGCAGUUCUCCAACACUCUGGAGCUGUUGAUAAGCAACCUGACAGCCAGAAACUCUGGAGCCUACAGAUGCUCCGCCCACCACGUCAUCACCAGGCAGGAGACACACCUUGAUACAAAGGUUGGGGUCACAAUUUUGGAGCCUCCAGUGCUGCUUGAUAAUUUGACGGAUUGCACUGUCAAUGUCAGCAGCUCAGUGAUACUGAGAUGUCCCUCUGAAGGCAUCCCAACCCCCACUAUCACAUGGUACAAGGAUGAACAUGCUCUGUCUCAGGGAUCAGGUAUCAUCAUAUCACCAGAAGAUGGAAGCCUCCACAUCGAUCGGAUCACAAUGGAGGACCAGGGCCUGUAUACGUGCCAGGCCACCAAUGAACGGGGGUUUGCAGAGAGCUCUGCCUACAUAUGGGUCAAUGCUCCCUCGGAAGCCUCAUUUCUUGAAAUACCCUCGCUCACCUGUACCUGUGUUGUGGCCACUCUCUUCUGGCUUUUGCUCACGCUCUUCAUCCGCAGACUGAGACAGCCCAGCAGCUCAAACAACAAGUACCUGUCAAUCAUUCUGGACACAGGAGAGGGACCAAUAGACGAGCAGUGUGAGAGGCUGCAAUACGACCCCAACCAAUGGGAGUUCCCUCGGGAGAGGCUCAAAUUAGGGAAACCUUUGGGCAGGGGGGCCUUUGGUAAGGUGAUGCAGGCAUCUGCGUUUGGUAUGGACAACGCCACCAGCUGCAGCACCGUGGCCGUAAAGAUGCUCAAAGAGGGAGCCACAGCCAGCGAACACAAAGCACUCAUGACAGAGCUAAAGAUCCUCAACCACAUCGGGCACCAUCUAAAUGUAGUCAACCUACUGGGAGCUUGCACCAAGCCAGGAGGACCGCUGAUGGUCAUUGUCGAGUACUGCUGCUAUGGAAAUCUCUCUGCCUUCCUCAAGAGCAAGAGAGAAGUGUUUGUGAGCCAAAUGGAGGAUGGAGGAAAGAAUGGAGGUCCAGGUUGUAGCACCUGCAUGUCGGACAGCCAAACUAAUAUUAGAGAUGAAAGAGACGAGACAGAGAAUCACCAAGAUCCAAAAUCUUCCUCUAACUGUCCUUUAUUCCUGGAGGAUCUCAUCUCCUUCAGCUUCCAGGUGGCGCGAGGAAUGGAGUUUCUGGCCUCUCGCAAGUGUAUUCACAGAGACCUAGCAGCCAGGAACAUUUUGCUUUCUGACAAUAAAGUGGUGAAAAUUUGUGACUUCGGUCUGGCCAGAGACAUCUACAAAGACCCCGACUACGUCCGCAAGGGAGAUGCUCGUCUACCUCUGAAAUGGAUGUCUCCAGAGUCCAUCUUUGACAAAGUGUUCACCACGCAGAGCGAUGUGUGGUCCUUCGGCAUUCUGCUGUGGGAGAUCUUCUCUUUAGGAGCUUCUCCGUACCCUGGUCUUCACAUUGAUGAAGAGUUCUGCCACAGGCUGAAGGGGGGGACAAGGAUGAGAGCCCCUGAAUACAGCACACCUGAAAUUUAUAGCACGAUGUUAGCAUGCUGGGAGGCGAGUCCCUCAGAUAGACCUACCUUCACUGACCUAGUGGAAACCCUGGGAGAUUUGCUGCAAGCAAGGGUCCAGCAGGUCGGGAAGGAUUAUAUUCCUUUGGGAUCUCUCACAACGGGAGAUAACGGUCGCGGUAUGACCGUCAAAGAAAACCCUCUCGCAGUCACAAAUCUGAGCUACAUGAGGGGAAUGGCCACACUUCAGAUUUUUGAGGAGCUGCCCUUUGAGGAGCCAGAGAGCCCUGAUGAUGAGCAGAGUGACAGCGGCAUGGUCCUACCGUCUGAGGAGCUGAAGCAUCUGACGUGGAAUAACAGUCCCAAGAACAGGAAACUCAGCAGAUUUCUUUCCUUUCCUAAGUGCCGGGAGAACCAGGUGCCCUUCCUCUGCAACGGCAUCAAAGGUCUCCGGGACAACGAGCCGUCCAUCUUGCCAUGUGACUGGGAGUCUGACGAGGGCGGCUCCCCUCCUCCGGACUACAACUCUGCUUUUCUCUACCCCUCCCUGUAGCAUCCGUUGGUGUCUUUGUCAACUUUGAACAGGGUAUAAAUAUAUGUUCCCGCUCUUCAUUUCAAUCACAGCUUUCUCUGCUUUUACUGUUUGCAUCCUCUACCUCGUUAUAAUGUCUGCAGGUGUUCUGCUCUCUCUUCCUCCCUAACCCAAACUAACAAAUCAACUCUCUGGAUAGAACACAUGGCUUAGCUUUUCUUCAGUUUCUAUGUGCAUUCAAGGUUCUUUAGUAUUACCAAAUAUUAUCCUGCAUCACCUCACACAACCCCUUCCUGGAGCAGCUAAGUAUUACGUGAUAGUAUACCUGUCUCAUGCUGAAUUAUGCAGAAUGUAUUCACAGACCUGACUGUAUUAGAGCUUUUUGUAUUGGUACCUCAUGUGCUGAGCUUUGUAAAGAGGAACACUGCUGUGUGAAUUAUUUGUUUCUCCUGCACGGCGACUAUAUGCUGGAAAAAAAGUUAUUAUCCACUCAUUUAGAAUAUUUGAUGGUUAAACCCAAUGUAGACGUAUUUAUAUGAAUACUGUUAUCAUUUAAACGUGACUCGUUAAUCAUUUCUGUGCUUCAACUUUUUUUGGUCAAACGUUUGGAGUACCUCUGGCUUCAACAUAAAAGCCCUGCAAUACAGGUAUUCUGUCAUGGUUGUAAAAAUGUUCAGUUUUAUUGAAACCGUUUGGGAAAUACGCUGCUUCCCAACAGUAUCACUGGACAACGUAUAUAAAAUAAAACUCUCUGUGUGAGGUUCACAAACUACAGUUAAACUGACAUCUGUUAUAAAGCAGUCUAAAUUUGAUUAGACUGCUUUGGUUUUAGUGUCCCUAACCACCUCACAUCUGAGUUUACAUUAAAUGUAAAUAUUAGUAUGCCUAAAUAUAAAAGUUAAAUCAGAUCGGAAUUUUACAAAAAUCUGGGUACACAUUUCCUUAUGCUGUUUUUGAAAUCUAUUUUUUAAUCAACAAAUAAAUCCAUUGAACAGAUC